AUGAGCAGUCAGCCUCUCAGUAGAACCGCUAAAAGUGAGCUUGGACUGACCCCAUAUCGUGCUCAAAAUACUGGAAUUCUGUCGGGAAACAACAAUCUGGUACGCGUCCAGAAGUGCAAAUUGACAUUUGCUGGCACUCGCCAAAAUGAACACAUGAAUAUGAUGUUUGUCAACGAGAAACUCUUGACGGUGGAAGUCGAAUUCUCAUUGAAAAAUUAUUUAGUUUCUUCCCCGAGAUCUGAGCUAUCUAAUGAGCAUAGUAACAUGAAAAAAGUUUAA